AUGGUCCUUUCGAUCCUUACGAUAUCCAAAAUCCCAACAGUGUCAUCUCUGUACCGAGCUACCAGCCUCCGUCAGACCACUACUGAGCGGACUCCGGUACAGUCUCUCAAUGAUAUCGUCUCCGCCGUCCGCUACGAUAUCACCAAGCUUGAGGUCGACUGCAUCGUGAAUGCCGCUAAUAGUUCGCUGCUGGGUGGUGGCGGCGUAGAUGGUGCUAUCCACAGCGCCGCCGGACGCCAACUUACCCGGGAAUGUGCCACUUUGGACGGAUGUGAGGUCGGUGAUGCCAAAAUCACCUCUGCGUACCACCUGCCAUGUAAGAAAGUUAUUCACACUGUCGGCCCCAUUUACUUCACAGAGUCCGCCAAGGACCCUGAGCGCCCCGAGAGUCUGCUUCGCUCCUGCUACCGCCGCAGUCUGGAGGUUGCUGUUGAAAACGAGAUGAAGUCCAUUGCCUUUGCAGCCAUAAGUACCGGUGUCUAUGGCUACCCCAGCAAAUGGGCUGCUCUUGCUGCCACCGAUGAGGUGCGGAAGUUCCUGGAGUUGCCUGAGAAUAAGAACAAGCUGGAACGAGUGAUAUUCUGUAUCUUCGAGGUGAAGGAUGAGAUUGCAUAUGAGAGGGCGCUUCCGUGGGUACUCCGGUUCUUUCAUUAUAUCCUAUUUGGACCGAGACACGUGAGCUAA